UAUAAUUUGGACCGAAAUACACCUCUGCUUUCCACACUGUCCCAUUAUGAAAUCAAAAUGACGAAGGACGCCGAAUUUAAAUAAUUGCGCAUCACUACUGCCAUCCCUAGAUUCAUGCGAUAUAUUUGGGGUUAUUCCAUGCGCGCGCUAAUGCUGAAAUGCACACCCGGCGUUUCUUGAAAAUAGUUAAAGCAUAGGCAGUAUCUGGAUAUUAAAGAGACUUGACCACCAAAGAGCGACUGAGGAACCAGUCGGGUUAUAAGGACAAGGCCAUAAUUCCCACGAAUCACAAAAUGAUAACCCUACUAAUACCGCUGGCGGCCACGGUACUGCCGAUUUUGGCCAUUCUCUUUGUGGCGGGUACGUUCCUCUACAAGUUAUAUGUAAAUAUACGUUCCCGCUACGACGCCAGGGUCAACUGCUGGUUCUGCAAUGGAAACGCACGAGUUCCCUACGCAAAUCGAAACAGUUGGACCUGUCCAAAAUGCGAGCAGUACAACGGGUUCACCAAAGAUGGGGACUACAACCGGGAUAUGACGUCGCAGCGGGACUGCAGCAUCGGAUCCCAGAAGAACAGUUCCCAGGGCAGCUCCAGCAUCUGCGCAAACUCGUACUACGCCGACGUCCUGGCUGCGAAUCCUCCAGCACCGAAAAAUGGCCUAUGCGAUCCGUGCAACGAGGCGCAGCGCCUAAAGGUCGAGAAACUGUCGCAAUUCGAGCCCAAGAAUGAGUCGCGAUUCGAUCAGGAACUGAAGGUUUACAGAGAACGACUGGAGAAGCAGUUCCGUUUGUGCAGCAGCUGCGAACGCCAUUUGAACAAGGUCCUGCACGAAAAGAAAAAGAUGGUUUUGAGUUCCAAGUUCCUCAACUAUAUCAUCAAGGGAGCAUCGCUGCUCAAGCAGCCGCACUUUAACCGCUUAGCCAGUGCCCAAAAGCAGCAAAAACUUCAUAGAUACCGUGUGCUGAUGACCAUUUUAACCGUGGUCAACAUUCUGUGCCUCCUCUGCAGCUUGCCACAUGGAACACUCAAUCAAUUUAGGACGUUCCUUGGCGAUUUCUUGGGAAAAGCCUUGUUUUAUGUCUAUUCUCAUGUGCUGGCCUUGAUCCGAGUGACGACUGCGGGCGUUGGGACUUUCCUGGAACGGCGAGAAUCAACUGCCAAACUAUUAUUAUAUGGCCGCACCUUUGGUAAACUCUUGCUUUACUCUGUGGGCUUAAGUCAGCAGCAGGUGCAGCAGGCAACUUUUGCAUCUUGUUUCGUCGUGGUCUACCCAUAUGCCAUGUUGGCCGUGAGUUUUCUACACAAGAUCAACGACGGGCUGAAAUUCACGAGGUUCACCAUUGUCCUGCUGUUAUGGAGUGCGUAUGCAACGGGAAUCGAACUCUUGGCUCCCCAUAUGAAUGGAAUCUCUUUUAUAUCUUUUUUACAGCUGCUGGGUAGUGUGCUCACCCUAGCUUUGUUGGCUACCAAUAAAUCCAAUCUGCUAAGUCAAGUGUCUCAGAACGAAUCCGCUUGCGAGAGUUUCCAUCGUCUCUGUGCGGACGAAUGCGAUGAGGAAACGCUCAGCAUGCUCAGCCAGCAGCUAAGUGGAUGCAGCAAUAACAGUAAUGGCAAUCUUUCCCUGCCCUCCGCCUCUGUUUGCCACUCGCCGGCCCCAACGAUCUCGCAGCGAACCAUCCAACCGCCAGCUUCCCUGCUUUCCCUGGAUUCGUUGCGUCUGUCAAAGCAACAGCAGGCUUGGUCCUCGAACUAUGGAGGAGCGUCUACGGUGGUCACACCGCCCCCCCAACCAGCGAUGAUGUUUCAGCAAAAACCAAUGAGGCAAUUGGAGUCCCAAUGGUAUCGUCCUGCACCCAAUAGCCUGGCCCAAAACCAGGCUUUCACAAGGUCCACAAACAAUCUGUUGAUGCCAUCACGUUUGCCAGCGAUGAGCAGGAAUGUCGGUGGGGCCGAUGUAGGAGCUUGGGUGGCGGCCAAUCAAAGUAUCAACCAGGACCUAAGCACCGCCAGUCUGAUGAGACACUACGAGGAGAAACAGCAGCAUCAACUCUCCCGCACCUCGUCGCAGUCUUCCGGAUUCGAGUCGCAGACCCGACAAGAAACCCAAUGGGGAACAGCUGCUCAGCCAUCGAGGGACUACGGCUGGUCCGAGACCCAAGGAAGUCAGCGUAACCUGGCGGUCUUCCCGCCCCUAGCAUCGCCCACGCCCACAUUAAUGGCUAGUGAAUAUCAAUACCCGAGGGCAACUAUGCCGCAGCAACAGGCCACAGUUCAACCGGGAGAUUUACUGAAACGGUGGAUGGAGAUCAGUUCGAAAGCCUCACAGCCAAUUCACUAAUUUGUGAUAAGGUCCUCAAAUUUAGAGGAAACCUAGAAGAAUUGUAAGAUUCACAGAAAUCAUAAAAAGCUAAGGGAUUUUUAGGGUUGCAAAAAAAACACUGCCAGUAAGAACAUUUAAAAAGUUUGACUUUAUUUAAUUGUCAAGUAAAUUGUGACAUUUUUAUUAUUUUUCAUAUUGCUUAUGACUAUCAGGUCUACAGUUUUCCUAACGACUAUAAUAUACUUUUUUUUUUCCAUAAAGAUCAAUAGUUCUUGUGGCAUCGAUAAAAUGACACUCCAAGGCACAUAAUUGUAAGUGUAAACUUAAACAUCAAAGUCUAUAAAUAGGUAGAGGGAGGAUAGACUUAAGUAAAUUAUCCUUAGAAUUAAGACUUAACUUUAGUCGUCUGUUUUUAUAGUUAAAACCAUAUGACCUUUAACAUUAUUUAGAUCAAUUUAUAUGAUACAAAUGUAAAUUUAUUGAAAUAAAAGUGGAAUAAAUAUAAAAUGUCGUUUGUUAUUGACCCUUAAUUUAAA